UUAACUGAUUACAGGUGACACUCAUUCUCUGUUAAACACUAAAAAUGUGACCUUUUCCUCCAAGCAUACAAUGCAUAUUAUUUUGUUAGCUAUUGAAAUAAAUCUGCCACUCUAUUUACCAAACGAACCCACACAAAGCAGCUCACACCACACAUCUGUCAUGAACUUGACUCUCUUACAGCUGUUUAAAUGGCAGCUGACAUGCACAGUUGCUCGACAGCCUCUCCUUUCACCGUAUAUUCUUUCUUUGUUUAUGCUUCAGUGGGUUUUUCUUACUUAACCAGAAAAGCCACAACAGGACAUACCUGCUUCCUAAAUUUUUACACACUAACCGUCUCGUUCAUGAAGCACGAGAGGAAUGAAUAAAACAUUCUUAUGUAAUUGUUGCAUUUAAUUGACUGUAAAAGUAGUUUUACAAUCUAUACACAGUGUGUUUGAUAUCUGAGGCCCAUAAACUGUUUUUUUUUUUUCACAUACACGUACUAUAUAUUUGUGACUCAUGCAUUAAUAUUAGACUAGUCAAAAUCAGAAUUUCCUCUUUUCUAUACAGACAAACCAAAUGUUCUCUAAUUUACUCAUCUGCUCACCCUAGUUAUUCAUGCUUGUCUACAAGUGACAAGAUCCAUAACUGAACUUGGCAAAACGCAUUGCAGCCAUUUUCCAUCCAGGGUGUGUGUGCGUUCUUCAGAAAGGGGAUUGCGGAAAAGCUGCAUACUUUUUUUCCCUCCUAAACCAAUCAGCAUUGCUUAGGUAUGAGUCACUCCCACACCCUACCCUUAUAUGACAAAGAGGGGAGGGGCUGUUUCUCAGACCGGACAGUGAAAUGGUGGCUGCUUGUACAAAACAGCAGCAGCACCAUUAGGAACUGAGCAGCUACAGACGCAUUUACAGAAUCAGCCAAGACUGAAAGCCUAGAAGAACCAAAGUCCAAGAUUCAGACCCAUCUAUGGCAGAAAAACAGCAGAUCAAAGAGACUGCGGCCAAAGUGCUGUGCUAUGUGGAGAAAAUCUCUUCCUUCGCCUCCAGCAUAGAUCCCCUCUUUGGGAUUGUGACUUCAGUAGUCGGGGUGGUCAGGAAAGGCCUCGUGGAGGAGGAGGACAAUGAGAUGGCAAAGGACUUUAAACAGAUCCAUGAGAAACUGGAAACCAUCUCAGAGAAGAACAAGCAGACCCUGCGACAGAUCCGCAUCGACGAAAUCAACGAGAACUACGGUAAACACGAGGAAAUCAUCAAGCAUCAAUACAACGCUUUCAACACCAUGGUGGAAAGAGUAAAACUGGACCCUGCGAACUCGGAACGUCACGUGGACGAGUUUGUGAAGAUCUACGAGAAGGAUGGACAGGACAUGAGCUUAGAUACAUAUUACCGCGGUCUGAAAGGUACCACUAUGUUUGGGAAGCCCAUCCUGCAGGUUUACCUGGAGAACUGCCAAAGAAACAAAAAGGUGAUGGAGGCCCGCUGUUCUCACAUCGCCCACCUGUUCUACAUCGGCCUAAUGGCGCUGAUGGCCUACUACGCCGCCAGUGAAGAUGACGAGGAUGAAGUGAGAGACAAAUGGGGCCCGAGGGUCAUUGAAAUUCAAGCCAAGAUGCAAGAAGUUCUGGACCAAUGCACUGAGGAAAACUAAAGUAGGAACGUUGCACUGAACGAUUGCUGAGACAAUUCAUUUCAUAUGCUGAAAGUUUAAAUGUCGUGAGCAAUCUUGAAAUAGAAAGUUUAAAUAAAUCGUGUGGGGUGGAAAAUGGGUCAUUUUGUUUCCUGCUUGCCAAUGGUCUUUUCAAUGCAAUACCAAUGUACUGCAAAGCUCUUAAUACUGUAUAUGGCCGUUUUUCCUUUUUAAAUAUAAAUAUAUUAAGCAUGUUUGGUCAUUAUUUUGACUGAAUAUAUUGUGAAAAAAUAUUUCCAAUAUCAUAUGAGCCUUUGAUGUGAGUUAUACGUUAUUACAAAUUAUUAUAUAAUUGUUUGCUUAUGUUUUAUGUUUUGUGGAACAUCUCUGUUUGUUUGCACAAUAAAUGAAUCUAUUUUUUCUCUCAA